UCUAGUGUCGCUGCGCUAGCAAAUCCAUCGUUACCACUUCUUGUCAUGUUUUGAGGGGACAGAGGAGCUUUUUCCCACUGGAAUACGAGGAGACACCACCAUAUAUUGCUGUUAACGGAAUCUAUGCUUGAAGGGCUUUGAAUUUCUGCGGGAAUUAACCAGUAGGACCAACAAAAGUGUUUGCUCAGUGCCCCCCAGUCGGUGAGAAAAGCCCUCCAGUUCCCACAUCACCCCACAUCCAUGUUGACUGCGGCAGCCCUCGCACUGGGUCCAGGGCUACAAACACUACCGACCCUUUGUUCUUCCUUGGGCUAGUUCCAGCGAAAUUGUAGCAGCUUGUGGAUGAAGCAUUAGAUAAUACAAUGAUACAUCCCUGGUUCAGUUUGAAGGAUUGUUUACGCGUUAAAAUGGCUGCUGAAAUGGCAUUUGAAAGAGAGAGUGGUCUUGAAUCAAUGCAGUAACGUUACAUUAACCUAGCAGAGGCCAAAUAAGCUACAUGGGCUAGCAAAAUAUGUUUUGGCUAGCUAUAGUGUUGAACGUGUUAGCUUAUUAAUAGCUUUAAUGUUUAUCUUUUUGAGUAGGUUUUUUCCAACCAGAGGUAGGGAAUUCCUCCCACUACAAAUCUAUGCAUGCGGUUAAAUAAGCAGCCUUUUAAAACCACAUAGCCAACAUUGGAUUUUCUUAGCCAUUUCGUCUUUGUAAGCAGGCGCAUUUAAGCCUUAAUUUAAGUAUGCAUUACUCUCGAAUAUGCAGGACUUCUUUGUUAUAAAAUAACAGCCUGGGUAGCCGAGGCUUUCUCCCAAAGCAGACCGAAAGGCCCCGGUGUUUCACUCAGCUUGGUCGACCUGGAGCAGGAAAAAUGGAUCCUGGGGGGAGAUGUAAGACGAAACUCUUUCUCUUUGGACCAGGACCAGCCACCCACAGCGAUCUGCGGGGUAUCAACAAAUACUUGGUGGUCUAUGUUUUGUUUUACUUUGUACUGUCCACUCAUGGCUCUCCAGCCAAACAGUGCGACAAGAACUGCCUCUCUGGAAAAUGUGUGAAUGGAACCUGCAUCUGUGACCGAGGAUGGGUGGGAGACCAGUGCCAGCACUGCCAGGGGAGGUUUAAGUUGACAGAGCCCUCAGGAUACCUCACAGACGGUCCAAUCAACUACAAAUACAAAACAAAGUGCACCUGGCUCAUCGAGGGCUAUCCAAACGCUGUGCUUCGGCUAAGAUUUAACCACUUUGCCACAGAAUGUAGUUGGGACCAUAUGUACGUAUACGAUGGUGACUCAAUAUAUGCUCCUCUGGUUGCUGUUUUCAGUGGUCUCAUUGUGGUGGAAGUACGAGGAAAUGAGACGGUUCCUGAGGUUGAGACAACUUCAGGCUACGCACUACUACAUUUUUUUAGCGAUGCUGCCUAUAACUUGACAGGAUUUGAAAUAUUUUACUCGAUCAACUCAUGUCCCAACAACUGCUCCGGCCAUGGAAAGUGCACCCCGGGUAACUCGGCGGCAAGCAGAGUGUACUGUGAAUGUGACAAGUACUGGAAAGGCGAGGCCUGUGACAUCCCGUACUGCAGGAACAACUGCGGCAGCCCCGACCACGGCUACUGCGACCUCACCGGGGAGAAGCUGUGCGUCUGCAACGACAGCUGGCAAGGCCCAGAUUGUGCUCUAACUGUUCCUUCGACGGAGUCCUUCUGGGUACUGCCGAGCGUCAAGCCCUUCGGGACGUCACUUGCGAGAGCUUCUCAUAAAGCUGUGGUGCAGGAAAAGGUGAUGUGGGUGGUGGGCGGAUACACCUUCAACUACAGCUCCUUCCAGAUGAUUCUCAACUACAACUUGGAUAGUGGCAUCUGGAACACUGUUCCCAUCAACAGCGGCCCUGUGCCAAGAUACGGCCACUCACUCGCUGCCUACCAGGACGAUAUCUUUAUGUUCGGAGGGAAACUGGAGGCCAGCUGGGGGAACGUGACAGACGAGCUGUGGGCGUUCAACGUACCCAGUCGGACGUGGCAGCGGAGAAACCCUGUGGUUGGCCCGCCAGCUCAGGCUCAGAUUUAUGCUGUGGAGGGUCACUCAGCCCACUGUGUCCUGCUAGAGGGGGGUGAGGCCAUCAUGCUGGUCAUCUUCGGCUACUCCCCCAUCUACAGCUACAUCAGCAACGUUCAGGAGUACAACCUGAAGUCCAACAUGUGGUCGGUGCCUGAGACUAAAGGAGCUGUUCCCCAGGGGGGAUACGGCCACAGCAGCACGUAUGACACCGCCAGCGGUAGUGUGUAUGUUCACGGAGGCUACAAGGCACUGCCUGCUAACAAAUAUGGCCUUGUUGAUGACCUCUACCGCUACGAUGUCAACACCCGGACAUGGUUUAUUUUAAGAGAAAGUGGCUAUCCUCGCUACCUUCACUCAGCUGUGCUCCUUAGCGGCACGCUUCUCAUCUUUGGUGGCAACACACACAACGACACAUCUCUCAGCAACGGGGCCAAAUGUUUCUCAGCAGACUUUCUGGCUUAUGACAUCGCGUGUGAUGAGUGGACGCUGCUGUCCAAACCAGACCUGCAUCGGGACGUCAACCGCUUCGGUCACUCUGCUGUGGUCAGCAACGGCUCCAUGUACGUGUUUGGUGGCUUCUCCGGCAUGCUGCUCAACGAUGUGCUUGUGUACCGACCCCCGAGCUGCCAGGCCUUCUUGGCAGAGGAGAGCUGCGUGAAGGCCGGGCCAGGGGUCCGCUGCAUCUGGAACAGUGGCCGCUGUCUCCCCUGGGAGCCCAGCAUGGCUAAUGAAGGCCUAAACCCUGCCCCUUUCUGCCCACCAAAAGCUGUGACAGUGGAUGAGCGCUGCUACCGGUUCUCAGACUGUGCCAGCUGUACAGCCAACACCAAUGGGUGCCAAUGGUGCGAUGACAAGAAGUGCAUCUCUGCCUCCAGCAACUGCACCUCUAACGUGAAGAACUUCACAGAAUGCCCUGUAAGGAACGAGCAAGUGUGCAGCAAGCUCGCAAACUGCAAGAGCUGCUCGUUAAAUCUCAACUGUCACUGGGACCAGAAUCAGUCAGAGUGCCACGCUUUACCUGCCCAGCAGUGCAGUGAGGGAUGGAGCCAAGUGGGCGAAGCCUGCCUGAGGAUCAACUCCAGCCGUGAGAGUUAUGACAAUGCCCAGCACUACUGCAAAAACCUCAACGGGAACAUCGCCUCGCUCACCACCUCCAAACAAGUAGACUUUGUGCUGGAGGAGCUGAAGAAGCUGCAGCAACACGACAAGCGUCUGUCCCCCUGGGUUGGCCUGAGGAAAAUCAAUGUGUCGUACUGGGGUUGGGAGGACAUGACCCCCUUCACCAACACCAGUCUGCGAUGGCUGCCCGGCGAGCCCAGCGACUCUGGUUUCUGUGCAUACCUGGAGGAGCCUCAGGUGUCCGGCCUUAGAGCCAAUCCAUGCACUGCCACCGCCCAUGGACUCAUCUGUGAGAAGGCGACUGGAAACCCUAACCAGAGCAGCCGUCCCUCCUGUAAGAAGCCAUGCUCGCUGCACACAAACUGUGCCAACUGCACCAGCCAGGCCACAGAGUGCAUGUGGUGCGGCAGUGCUCAGCGCUGCGUUGACUCCACCGCCUACGUCAUCUCUUUUCCUUACGGCCAGUGUUUGGAGUGGCAGACCGGAGAGUGUUUGGCCCAGAACUGUUCAGGCCUGCGGACCUGUUCCCAGUGUUUGGAGCAGCCCGAGUGUGGCUGGUGUGGUGACCCCAGCAGCACCGGGAAGGGCCUCUGCAUGGAGGGCUCCUACCGGGGUCCCAUGAAGAGGUCGGCCAAGCAGGGACAGCAAGGCCAGUCUCAAGACAUGAGCCUGGAGCCGGGCAGCUGCCCCAAAGACAAAGGCUAUGAGUGGGCCUUCAUUCACUGCCCCGCAUGCCAGUGUAAUGGCCACAGCACAUGUGUAAACGGCAGCGUGUGCGAACAAUGCCGUAACCUCACCACAGGCCCCCACUGUCAGACCUGCAUGCCUGGUUUCCAUGGAGACCCCACGAAUGGAGGCAAAUGCCAGGCCUGUAAGUGUAAUGGCCAUGCGAGUGUGUGCCAGGUGUUAACUGGCAAGUGCUUCUGCACAACCAAGGGGAUCAAAGGAGACCAGUGCCAGCUAUGUGACUCAGAAAACCGUUACCUUGGCAAUCCACUCCGAGGAACCUGUUACUACAACCUCCUGAUCGACUACCAGUUUACCUUCAGUCUCAUUCAGGAGGAUGAUAAUCACUACACUGCUAUCAACUUUAUGGCCUCACCUGAGCAGGCGAACAAGAACCUGGACAUGUCCAUUAAUGCAUCCAACAACUUCAACCUCAACAUCACCUGGUCUGUGGGAUCAACAGCUGGAACCAUCUCUGGGGAGGAGGUUCCCAUUGUGUCCAAAACAAACAUCAAAGAAUACAGAGACAGCUUCUCCUGCGAGAAGUUCACCUUCAGAAGCAACCCCAACAUCACUUUUUACGUCUACGUCAGUAACUUCUCAUGGCCCAUCAAGAUCCAGAUUGCAUUCUCCCAACACAACAGCAUCAUGGACCUUGUCCAGUUCUUUGUGACAUUUUUCAGUUGCUUUCUCUCUCUUCUCCUGGUGGCAGCGGUUGUGUGGAAAAUCAAACAGACCUGCUGGGCCUCGCGGCGGCGAGAACAACUGAUGAGGGAGCGCCAGCAGAUGGCCAGUCGUCCGUUUGCCUCCGUUGCCGUCUCACUGGACACCAGAGGAGAACAAACAGAGCUGCUGCAGCCUGUGCUUGAAGGUGCACCUAAACCAGUCGCCAUGGAGCCGUGUUCAGGGGGGAAAGCUGCCGUGUUGACUGUCCUCAUGCGGCUGCCCUCAGGACCCUCAGGCUUACCUCCACCAGGACAGUCAGGAAUCAUCGUUGCCAGCGCGCUGAUAGAUAUCUCACAGCAGAAACCAACAGAUUUUAAAGACAAGUCGCAGGCUUUAAAGAACCGAAAGGCCCUUCCUCCGGCACACCAAAGCACCUGCGUCUGAGCCAGUCACUCUGAUGGCUUCGCUUUUUAUUAUACAUCCCAUCUGAGGUCGGGUUGUUGCAACAUUGCUGAAGGUCUUAGUAGGAGGCCUUUUAAAAGACACAAACAUGGCUUUCAUUCAGCUGCUAACACUUGAGGAAACUUGCCAAGUCUGAGGAGCACAACCCUUGCUCUAAAAUCCCUCUCCCAUACCUGAAGUAGACUUUCUGGACCCAGAUCUCCGGCAGCGACAGUGACGCCAUCAGAGACUAAGACUUUGAGGAUUUGAAGCUUCAAUGUCGCAACAUUUUUCCAUGGAAAGGCGAAAACGUCUGCUGUUGGGUUUUGUUGAAGUUUAACUGAGUUGGAAUACGUAAUUUAAUAAAACAUGCUGCCUGUUUGUUUAACCUUUAUGUUGCUUGCCUACAAGUGGUAUUCUAUGGUGCUAAAGCAUUUAGUUUCUAUGACAAGCCUUUGACUCAUUCUGCCUUUUUUAGGGAAAGCUAUGACUCGUAUUUUUGUUACACCCCACGACCACAUGAUAGUGUUUUUACCGUGUUAAAGAACGCCACUUUCACCAAUAAGCAUUAAUGAUUGGUUUACUCACUGUACAUAUGUGUCAUCCACCCAGCUGACGCUAAAGUCUGUAUUUCUUUGAAGAAAAAGAGACUGCGAAAUCACUACCAGCAGCUGUUGGGAGAGGCAAGAACAAAUCCUCAAACUAACGCAUGAAGAAUUCUAAGAGUUGAGGACGUGUUUUAUUAGCAAACUGGAAGUUUCCUUUCAUUUUUUUUCAGUGCUCGCUGUUAAAGAAGUCACAAAGUUCUGCUGACUUUUUCAUGUGUUUUGCUGUGGACGUUUAGCUUUCAAGCUCGCUCUCGGAACGGCGGGAGACGAGAGCAGGGACGUCGUGCUCGUCUGGCUGUUUACUUGUUUGUUUUUGUAUGUCUUUUUUGUAAAAGUCCUCUAAAGCUACGACUUUAUCCCCAUCCUUUGAGGAGUUCUGUUAACUUUUUUAUAAUGCCUUCGCUUUCAUUGAACUCCUAAGUGGGAGAAAAAAGGGGGGGGCAUGUUGAUGUGCAGUACUUUAAAAAGCUGUCGACCAUUUUUAGCCCCACCCCCCCUCAGCUGUACAGUGUCUUGUUGGAACAAAUGUGAUUCCCUGUCACUCUUUCUUGAGAUUUCAUGUUUGUCAGGUUUUUAUGACAGUUUGGCAAGAGGUUUUUCUUUCCUUUUUCGGCCUUGUCAGCUGUCCCUAUUCUAUCUAUAAAUUGUAAGUCUUUUGCUACACUUGUGAAAAGAGCAUUUCUGUUAAUAUUUUGUUUUUGAUAUUUAACAGAUUCCUGUGUAAUAGCGCAUUUAACUUGAUUUUAUUGUUUGGCGCCAAUCGGUUGAUUGGACGUCAGCUCUUUUUUGAAGUUGUGCAUCUUUAAGGACUGUAUGGGCAUUGUCUUUUUGUUGCAAAGUGUUCAAUAUGAUACAUUUUAUAAGGAUAGUAUGCCAGCUAAUGUGUUUUUAUUUUGUGUUCGUAGAGUAAUCCUAUAACAGUGUCAUUACACAGGAAUCAGGGUCUCACUGUACCGUGAAAAAAAGAUGAUAAACUGCAUAUCAGUAAUCUUCAGUGUAUUUUAAAGAUGGCCAGGAAAUAAAACAAACAG